AUGGGUCCCAGGCGAAAAGAUUCAUACAGUGAAGAAAGACUUCAGAAAGCACUCCAAGAAGUAAAGAAAGGCAUCUCAUUCAAAGCAGCGUCCAGAAUGUACGGGAUUCCCAGAUCAACAUUACAAUUCCGGCUGAGUAAUAAAUAUACCAAAACAUCCCAUGGGCCAGCACCUAUACUGAGUACAGAGGAGGAAAACACCCUUGUUUGGUGGAUCUUUGAAUGUGGUCGGAAGGGAUUCCCACGGCGAAAACAAGAUAUUCAGGCAAGCGUGCGAGAAUUUCUUCAUAACAAUAAACGUACUAAUCCUUUUAAGGAUGUCACCCCUGGUAACAAAUGGUAUUCUGCCUUUUUAAAAAGGCAUCCGGAAGUUUCUGAAAGAACACCUGAAGGUGUAACUGCUGCAAGUGCUUGUGUUAGUGAACAAGACGUGAGAGGAUGGUUUAGGUCCACAGCAGACCUCCUUAAGGAGGAAAAUGUAUUUGAUGUGCUGUCAUGUCCAAACCGUAUUUUCAACGGCGAUGAAACUAAUUAUGUUCUGUGCGCUAAGAAAGAUAUUGUACUUGAAUGA